AUGGAGGAAUUGCGAGAACAUGGUCUACUGAAGUCACAAGAUAUAAGAAAAUGGUUCAUGAAGAAACACGAAAAAGACAGUGGGAAUAGCAGUGCAUCGAAUCAGGCAAAGCCCUCAACACCUGAGAAAAGUCCUGCUGUCGCUCCAAGGCCUGGAAAAAUGAAGAAGUUCAAGAAUUAUCUGGCAGAAGGAAAAACAAGCAAAUAUUUUGCUACAGAUGGACCAGGUGUAAAAGAUGAUGUGGACGUUGAAGAAGCUCCUGCAAAAAAGACGGCAAAGGAAUUGGUCAGUAAUGUGAAGCCCCCAACUGGAAAAAGCACCCUCAAACUUGAGAAUGAUGACGACGAUGAUGAUUUAACCCCUACUUCACGGAAGAGUUCAGUUUCUGUUACUCCAAACAAAAAGCUUGAAAAGUGCUUCUGUGAAGUUGAUGCAGAGGAUGUGGAUAAUAAGGAUGCUGAAUCGAUGAAACCUGCCGGAAGAGGCCGUGGUGGAAGAGGGGCAGGGGCGGCAGCUGGUGGGAGAGGCAGAGGUGGUGGAGGGAGGGGUGGAUUCAUGAACUUUGGUGAGAGGAAAGAUCCUCCUCACAAAGGAGAAAAGGAAGUUCCUGAAGGUGCUGCUAAUUGCUUAGAUGGUUUGACUUUUGUGAUUAGUGGAACACUUGACAGUUUAGAAAGAGAAGAAGCUGAAGAUUUGAUCAAACGCCAUGGUGGACGUGUUACAGGAUCCAUCAGCAAAAAGACGAAUUAUCUUCUAUGUGAUGAAGAUAUUGGUGGAAGGAAGUCUGAGAAGGCAAAGGAGCUUGGUACUGCUUUCCUUACAGAGGAUGGUCUGUUUGAUAUCAUUCGUGCAUCAAAUAAAUCAAAACCUGCUGCACAAGUUCCAAAUAAGCGGGUGGAUAAGGUUGCAACACCCGUUCCUAAGAAGAGCCCUCAAAAGUCGGAAAAAACUAAACAAGCUGGCUCAGAUACAAAAGGACCAGUCUCUGUUGCAGCUUCUCCCAAGCGAAAAAAUCAGCCUGCUGCACAAACUUCGCUGCCAUGGACUGAAAAAUAUAGGCCAAAGGUUCCAAAUGAUAUUGUUGGGAAUCAGUCAUUGGUGAAACAGCUCCAUGAUUGGCUAGUAAGUUGGAAUGAACAAUUCCUUAACACAGGAAAAAAAGAAAAGGGAAAGAAGCAGAGUGAUUCCGGUCCUAAGAAAGCUGUGCUGUUGAGUGGGACACCUGGCAUUGGGAAGACCACUUCAGCAAAGUUGAUUAGACAGAUGCUUGGGUUUCAAGCUAUUGAGGUUAAUGCUAUUGAUAGCCGUGGACAGGCUGAUGCUCAAAUUCAGAAAGGAAUUGGUGGGAGCACUUCUAAUUCUGUCAAAGAACUUGUUAGCAAUGAAUCCCUGAGUCAUAAAAUGGAACGCACUCAACAACAGAAGACUGUUCUUAUUAUGGAUGAGGUUGAUGGUAUGUCUGCUGGAGACAGAGGUGGAGUGGCUGAUCUUAUUGCCAGCAUAAAAAUCUCAAAAGUUCCUAUAAUAUGCAUCUGUAAUGAUCGCUACAGUCAGAAACUUAAGAGCCUUAUGAACUACUGCCUACUUCUUAGCUUCCGAAAGCCAACAAAGCAGCAGAUGGCUAAAAGGUUAUCACAUAUCGCAAAAGCCGAAGGCAUUCAAGUAAACGAGAUUGCACUUGAGGAACUCGCAGAAAGAUCUAAUGGAGAUAUUCGUAUGGCCAUCAACCAACUGCAGUAUAUGAGUCUCUCGAUGUCAGUAAUUAAAUUUGAUGACAUUAAACAACGCCUUCAAAGCAGUUCAAAGGAUGAAGAUAUUUCCCCCUUCACAGCUGUUGACAAACUAUUUGGCUUUAAUGCUGGAAAGUUGAGAAUGGAUGAGAGAAUCGACCUCAGCAUGAGUGAUCCUGAUCUUGUUCCUCUUCUUAUACAGGAAAACUACAUUAAUUAUAGACCAAGUUCAGCUGGUAAAGAUGAUAAUGGAAUGAAAAGGAUGAACUUAAUUGCUCGGGCUGCUGAGUCAAUUGGGGAUGGUGAUAUUAUCAAUGUCCAGAUUCGAAGAUACCGGCAGUGGCAGCUCUCUCAGUUUGGUUCUCUUACGUCUUGCAUAAUUCCUGCGGCUUUGUUGCAUGGGUCACGGGAAAUACUUGAGCAGGGGGAACGCAAUUUCAAUAGAUUUGGUGGCUGGCUCGGAAAGAACUCUACUAUGGGCAAGAACUACAGACUGUUGGAGGAUCUGCAUGUUCAUCUUCUUACUUCUCGUGAAUCUGAUUUAGGAAGGUCGACAAUUCGACUCGACUGCCUUACUCUUCUUCUUAAACGGUUGACCGAUCCUUUAAGGGUGCUACCCAAGGAUGAAGCUGUUGAGACUGUUGUGAAGUUCAUGGACUCAUACUCCAUUAGCAUGGAGGACUAUGAUACAAUCGUCGAGAUGUCGAAAUUUAAGGGGCAUCCAAAUCCGUUGGACGGCAUACAACCGGCAGUAAAAUCUGCUCUGACCAGAGCUUAUAACAAAGGCAGUUCACUGCGUGUGGUCAGGGCUGCAGACUUAGUCACAAUUAGUAAUUUCAAAAAAGCUCCAAAGAAACGAAUCGCAGCUAUGCUAGAACCUCUUGAAGGCAGUUUAGCCGAAGAAAAUGAAGAAGAAACCCCAUCUGAUGACGAGAACCAGGAAAAAUACUGGUUGAGCCAGGUCUCCACCACAGUGGACCGUAGACUCGUUUCAGAGAAUCACACCACCUGA